ACUGUCGUUUGAGUUUAUGUAGGUCAACUUAGAUUAAAAUGGCCGACAACAUCAACAAUAGAACAAUAAUAUAAGGUUUUAAAACCGUUUUACGAAGAUAUUUAUUUACAGUUAUAAGGAAUGAUAAGCUCUCAGACAGAAUUGGACAAGAUAAUCUACGCAGAUUAUGGUGAACGUGUUGCUUUAAAGGAGAAAUAUAGGAAUACUUGUCUAGUGAAUGCCAGAACUGAAAUGUGAUUUAGGAUUUGUUGACUUAUGUAAUAACAGAAAUGGUAGAUCUUCAUUUCAUGUGACAUGAAUAAAAGAAAGAAUGGUUUUAUAUGUGAAUACAAACAAGAUGCUGUUGGUGUUCUUGGGUGUCGUUUUUCUGAUAUCAUCGUCAUGGGGACAAAGAAAUUAUGAUUUGGAAUUUAUCUGUGGUCAGACUUUACCUGUGUUUGAUACUGACCUAGUUAUAAAUGGUAGAGCAUCGUUCGUCCCCGCUACAAUUCCUGUCGAAUGUAUUGUUAAUCUAGAAUCCGGCUAUACAGACGGAGCAUAUCGACUUCAGAUUAUUAUCGAGGCCAUCGACAUCCAGAACUGUGCCGUCAAGCUAGAUGUCUUUAAUGGUAAAGGAGCCUUUGGAAAUUAUUUGCGCCAGUUAUCAUGUCGCAGUAUGAGUACAGACACGCUUUAUACAGAAAGUAAUUUUGCCACGAUAAGAUUGUCUAGACCAUACAAUCUUGAGGAAAAUGCUUAUGUCUUCAACCUUAAUAUAAGAGCCUACAAGGAUGAUGGUGAAUCAUCAAUAUUUCAAGGUGGAGCCAAUUUACCAGUUGGUGCAAUAGUUGGUAUUAUUAUUGGUUUGUUGGCGCUUGUUCUCCUGAUGUUUCUGUUGGUCUGGUGUUGGAAAUCAGGAAGACUCUACGACUACACUGGUUGGACUGGAAAAAAUGACGACGACGACAAGGAAGGGAAAGAGAAUUUCGGUGUGGGAAAUUCAGACAGCAUGGUUACUUCUUCGGUUGCUUCUGGACUGGAUCAUAAAGAUCCAUCGGUAUGGAAUACAGCAGUUAGUGGUAAAUACGAUCCAUCUAUUCCCAGAAGAACCGAUGGUCCCCAGUUUCUUGGUCGUAGAUCAUAUGGACGAAAUGGAACUACUAAUGGAGUUGUCGUAACUACGUCUAAAAAUGGGGAUCCUGCUGCCACCUAUCAGAAAGAACAGACUGAUUUAAAGCAGUUGCUAAACAAUGAGAUACGUCAAGGGCAAGGGCCAAGGGGCAGAGGUCAAAGUGCAAGAGGUGACGGUGGCGAUAGUAAAGAAACAUUAAUUGAUGAUGUUUUUGAAAGUGAUGAUAAUAAAAAUAAAGACAAUAGACUUCUAUCUAAUGGAGGUGAUGAUGCUUAUGAAAAUGUAGCGACUCCUGCAUAUUUGAAGAAAAAAGACAGUGGGAAUGAGUUCUUUAAGAGGGGGGAUCCUACUAGGGGGUCAUCAAGAAGGGGAGAGGAUGGUUCCCCUACAAGAGGAUCGUUACGAAGAGGUGACACAGGGAGAGGUAGUAAUAAAAGUACAGGAUCUCAUCACGAUGACAUGAAUAAAGCCAAGAAUCUGGCUGAUGAAGCUACUGCAGUAAAACUAAAAUCUUCUAAAUCGCGAUCAGGUCCUGGGGAAGGGGAUAGCAGAGGGAAGGGUGAAAACCAUGGUAAUUCCGGAGGACAAGUUGACCCACCUUCUGAUUUUGAUUCCAGUAGUUUUAUGUCAGUACCAGAACCAGCAACUGUUACAGCAUCCGUUCAUGGACGAUCAGGCCCUGGUGGACCAUCACAAAAGCCUACAGAUAAAGCUUCAGAUGAUUCAGAGUUGAAUGAAAUCAACUCCAAAGCUAAACACGGUGAAUCAGAAAGGGUGCCCAAUCCAAACAUUCCACAAAAUCAAAAUGCAGAUUCCCACAAAUCACCAAAUUCUAAGAAAAAGAAGAAAAAGAAACCAAAACAAGAAGAAGUUAAAGAUACACUCCCUCCUGAAGCUUUUGAACCUUUGUUUGACCGUCCAGUUUCCGAAGAACCCUAUCCUGCAGGGAUGCAACCUUUAAAUGCUGGGUACAAUCCAUACGGUGUACCAGGAGGAAUGUAUCCCUUACAGCAAUAUGGAAUGCCAUAUGGUAUGAUGCCUGCACCAGGAACAGUACCGCCAGGAACACAAACCUACAGUUAUGCUUAUCAAACAAUGCCUGCACCAGGUGCACAUCCCAACACAGCACCACAACAAAUGGCAGGAAAAGCUGCUUGGAUUGUUCAAGAAACACCAUCUAAAAACGGUCCAGUCCAAAAAACCUCUUUUAUGAUGGCUACGCAAGAAUCACGACCAGGAAGUCAACAGAAUAAAAAUCAUAAUGGUAGUCCAGGUCAACCUAGUUCCUCUUCCACUCCAUAUGGAGAUAUACCACAUGGUCAUGGCCCAGACCGAAGAAAAUCUAAACCUCGAAAUCCUGGUGAUAGUAACAAUGCAUCUGUUGUCCCUGCUGGAGUUAUGUCCCCAGAUAAUGGUCAAGGUCACAGAACAGCCAUGAUGAAAUCAGGAGUUGACCCAGUUACUGGUAUAGAGACACAUCAGGCUUUAUGGACAGAUACAACACAAGAUCGGACGGAUCCAAGACCAGAAGAUAAUCCUAAAAUAAAUCGUAAGACAGUUACCAGGACAACCAAUAGAGGGGGUUAUGGUGACUUACCACAGCAUGUAGAUAAUAUUACCGAUCACCUAUUUAUAUCAAUGGAUGCCGAUGACCCAGCUUUCUUGUCCCCAUCAGGAAUGGGUGCUCACGCCAUGACAUCGACUGAGACUCCAGAAGGAAACAAUGCAUUGUUUUAUACAGGUUUACAUCGUGGACAUGGCACAUCACCUCAACAUGCCAUUCAUCCAGCACCAAGUAGACAUAAUGCUAUACGUGAUAAUAUAUCUAUAGCUUAGAUCAAUGAGACUAGUUAGAUCAUAUCAUAUAUCGGUGGAUGCUAUAUCGUUGCCCUCAGGAUACGGAAACGGGGCAGAGCUUAACCAUUGGUCCUCAAGAUAUGAAUACAGGUAGUAAUGUAUUAGUUAGAUGCAAAUUAGAAAGCAUAUCACAGCCCAUCUUCGCUAGCCAAGGAUUACGAUUCACUUCUCUUCUCUUCACCCAUGGCAGAUCUCGAAUACAUUUUGGAGUUAGCGCGCAAUGCCACCUGGUGAUAUAUCACAGUUGCACCCCUUACAUAGACGUCAUCGCUAGCCAAUCAGAAUCGUUUUGUUAUACAUGUACGUAUGUUGGAGAGUCUAAAAUGGCUGCGCCCAGUAUAGCAAAAUUGAUAUGUGAAUUUGGGGAAUAUCACCCAACGCUUUUCUUAGUUGUUGACUGCCUCCAAAAGUAUCUCCGAAAAUGGUUCUUCUGUGUUGUUUAGGCAAUAUGUUGUCGUGGCAGAGGCGACAAGACUCUCUGUCAGCUGCCAUGUUUGUUUACAUUUCGCCGAUAUAUACAUGUGAUAAGUCUUCUGAUUGGAUACAGCUACUGAUAACUGUAGCCAAUGAAAUCUUGAUCCACGAAUCCUCAAAAUGUAUUCGAGAUCUGCCAAGAGGGAAGAGAAAAGAAGCGAAUCGUAACUUUUGGCUAGCGAAGAUGACCACACCCUAACCGCUGUCAUCAAUCUGUAAUCAAGAAUAUGUAAACCAACUGUGGGGGCCAGUCUACUCCUGACCAUUGAGGGAACCAAUAUAGCAUCUAUGGAGUAUAGUUUAAGAUUAUUUCUCACAUUCUACUCAUGUGUAUAUAGAACGGAUAAAAAUCAUAAGAGUGCUAUCAAAGAAUCUAUAUUUAAUCGGGUGCUAUCGAAGAAUCUGUAUUUAAUCGGGUUGUGGACGUUGAAAAUUCCUACACGUCUGGAUGGAAGCGUUCUGAAGAACUUGUGCGAUCUGUGACGAUCAAUCAACCAAUCAGAAAAAAGCUUUGUUUGCUAUGUAGGAUACGAAAAACAAGCAUAAAUAUCGCUUCCCGAAUGGAAAAAAUAACAUUGUGCUCCUCUAUGGAAGGAAAUGUCUUUUUGUGAUUUGCUCUUUUCAAGUCACGCAUAACCUAACUUAAAACCUCCACAAAGGUCCAACCCUCAAACAAUUUAUAUCUAACUUUGAAUUAUAUUAUUUUGAAAAAUCUGCUCCCAAGCAAUUACGGUCAUGUUUCAAGUCAACUUGAAACCUCCACAGAGGUCCAACCCUCGUGAAAUUUAAAUCUAAUUUGAAAACUUAUCUGUUUGCAUUAUUUUGAAAAACCUGCCCCCAAGCAAUUUCGGUCAAUUUUACAAACAACAGUCAAGACUGACACCUGCACGUCAAGCCAAGGUAAAUCCUAUGGCACGUUGCAAUAACUAAAAAACAUUGAAAAUUACCAAAAUAUUUCAUGUCAUAAUUCUUUAAUCACUUUUUCAUUUUACCCAAUCAUCAUUGCUUUUAUAUUCUAAUUAUAAUUGUAAAUUGUGGAAUUUUGUGGACUGAGUCCUAAUAUUUAAAUAUUGUAAAUAAUUUUUUAAAAAUAAAUUAAAACUUUAUUACUGACAAGAUCAAAAA